AUGGGUAUCGACUACUAUGGACGCAUCGCGGAGAACCUCCAGUUCGACAACACUCCUGUCAUGAUCGGAUCCAUCGCAUGCUUCGCAAUCGGCUUCCUACAAUACACCUACGCCAUAAGACUUCUUGUCGGAGAAGGCCAAGGCCCCAUCCCCUUCUGGAUGCAAACUUUCUACGUCGCUCACGAGUUGACAUUUGUUUACCUCUUCGCCGAAGCUGCACCACGCUACGAUUACCACUGGUUCUUCGCGUCCACCUCGUUUUCGCUAGCUGUUUGGGCAGUCCUUGAGAUAUUCUGUAUGUGGUAUACCAUACAAUCCCCAAAAGACCGCAUCGCCACAUUUUCGCCCCUCUUUGGACGACAGCCGGCUACUUCGUCUAUCUUGACCUACACUUUCUUUCUGCAGCUCGCUAUGUUUGCGCUAGUCUGGAUUUUGAUCGAGUUCCUCGGUCCUGGUAGCUUCAUGCUCACAGGAGCGCUAACCAAUGUUCUUUUGAUCCUGGGACCGACGCACGAGUAUCUCUCCCGUGGCUCACGAAACGGAUUAUCCAUUGGAUACUGUCUUACUAAUGUGGCUUGUGUCAUAUGGACAUUUGCGCCUUUCAGUAUGGGAGCCGUGGUCUUACCUGAGGUUUUUGAUAAGACUAUUAUGUAUGUCGCAGGAUUUAUCUUGCUAGCAUAUUCUGUAUGGUUGACGACUGUGGUUGCUUCUUACCCUCCCAAGACGGCUACGAAGGGGCAGCGGGCGCCAAUCUGGUAA